AUGGAGAAGGUGGACUUCUCCAGGCUGCGUCGGCAGAAGGAGGUGAAUCUGGUCGUCCAUCGGCAGGAGGUUCCCUUGUUCAAUGUCUUUCUAGAAGGCGCGAAGUGUGACCCUGAGGUUCUAGCGAGGACCCUGGCCACUUCCUAUGCAGAUCGGGCCCAGAAGACCUUCCUUACUCAUGCCUAUGCCUAUGACGAGAUGUACGUAAAUAUGGCCAAGGCAGAUAAAGAGAUCCAGAGGUUGAAGAGGCGUAAGGAGAUGACCAAGGACAAGAUAGUGGAGGCGCAUGAGGCCAUCCAAGAGAAGAACACCCUGGUGCUGCAGAAAGCGGCGAUGGCCAAGGAGAUGGAAGAGCUGAAGCAAUCGAGGGCCGAGGAGAUAGCUGCUACCCAAGCCGAAGCGAUCGAGUCGUUUCGGAGUUCAGAGGAGCUGAGGAGCUACUUCAUGGAUCAGAUGGUGGCGAUGCAGCUGAGUUGGGAAGAGAGGUUGGCGAGGUUCAACCCGUCGGUCGAGAUUAACUUUGAUACGAGUGGCGAGCCUCCUUCACCUAGUCCUACCACCGAUGCCGCUCCAGAGCCAGAGGCAGAGUCGGCUACCACGGAUGCUCCAUCUACCGAGUCUUGA